AUGGAGAGUGACAUAUUAUCUGGCGUCUGUUUUGUUGGCCAAUUGGAUACCCAUUCCCUCGGAGUGUUCCUCAUCUUACCCCUCUGCAUUUAUCUCUCCAUCGGAGCCCUAUUCCUGCUAGCUGGCUUUAUAUCACUCUUCCGCAUUCGUACCGUUAUGAAAACCGAUGGGAAGCGGACCGAUAAACUCGAACGCUUGAUGAUGCGUAUUGGAUUCUUCUCAGGCCUUUUCAUCCUACCCGCCUUAGGCUAUCUCGGCUGUCUCUUCUAUGAAUAUUAUUAUUUCGAUGAAUGGAUGGUACAAUGGCAUCGUGAUAUAUGUCGUCCUUUCUCAAUACCUUGCCCCCUGCCAAGGCCAGAUGGUUCCGAGUCGAGGCCUAUUUUCCAAAUUUAUAUGGUGAAAUAUUUGUGUUCAAUGUUGGUCGGUGUGACAUCGAGUGUGUGGUUGUAUUCCAGUAAGACUGUGGUAAGUUGGCGUAAUUUUGUCGAGAAGCUGCAAGGGAAGGAGACAAGGACAAGGGGGCAGGCGUAUGUGUAAAAU